CCUUCUAUUUGUAAGGUGUUGUGGAGCAUUAUCUCUUUAUUUUCUUACAUCAAGAAGCUAAUAGAAGAUGUCUGGCCGUGGAAAAGGAGGAAAAGCGAAAGCAAAGGCGAAGUCUCGCUCGAAUAGAGCUGGUUUGCAAUUUCCUGUUGGACGUAUUCACAGACUUUUAAGGAAAGGAAAUUAUGCGGAACGAGUUGGCGCUGGAGCUCCUGUUUACUUGGCUGCUGUAAUGGAGUAUUUAGCCGCCGAAGUUCUGGAAUUGGCGGGAAACGCAGCACGAGAUAACAAAAAGACCAGAAUUAUCCCAAGGCAUUUACAACUUGCAAUCAGGAAUGACGAAGAAUUGAACAAACUUUUAUCUGGCGUUACCAUUGCUCAAGGAGGUGUUCUACCUAACAUUCAAGCUGUUCUUUUACCAAAAAAGACUGAAAAAAAGGCUUAG